AUGACUCUCCAAGAUCAGCUGGGCGAGAUCUCGUAUCCCAGUAUUUGGUUGCUGGGAACGUCUCUGGCCCUGUCCUAUGUAGUGGUCACCGCUAUAUACAGGCUACAUUUUCAUCCUCUUGCAAAGUUCCCAGGGCCGUUCUGGGCUCGCUUGACUGUGCUCCCAUCAUGGUGGCACACCCGCACCGGGGACCGCCACAUCUGGCUUUACAGUCUGCAGGAAAAGUACGGUCCUGAGUUCCGCUACCGACCCGACAGCGUCUUAAUCAACACUCCAUCUGCCUUCAGAAAGAUCUUUGGUCCCGCUGGAAACGUGAGGAAAGCCGAUUACUACAAAGUAUGGCCGCGCAACGUCGAUACACAUAAUACGUGGAAUGCAACAAGCAUAGAAAUGCACUCGCGUAAGCGGCGGGUUAUGAAUUAUGCCUUCUCUGAAAGCGCUUUGCGAUCAACCGAAGGGUUUCUCCAUACCAAUAUCGACCGAUGGCUUGAGCUGCUUGGAUCGUUGGCUGACAAGGACGGCGAAUGGACACCAUCUUUGAAUAUGUGCGACUGGAUGAACUGGCUUGUCUUCGACAUUCUUGGAGAUUUGUGCUUCGGAAAGUCGUUCGAUAUGAAAGAGCUAGAUAGCAAGCUACGGCAUGUGCCCGAGAUGAUGAUUGGUUUCUUGGAGAUAGUUCACCCUAUUGGAUGGAGCCCGCUCGGCUCAGCUUGGAUUUGGCUGAAGCCUCGCGGCCUCGACUGGCUCCUGUCGGUUGCCUCGCCACCAGCCAUAGUGCAGUGGCAGAAUUUUGUAGACAAAUGCCUGGCAGAUCGCACACGUGUCCAAGAAGACCUAGAAAGAAACCCAAAGCCGGAUAAUGAAGUCCGAAAGGAUUUCUUCUAUUGGCUCUUUAAGGCUGAUGACCCCGAGACUGGCAAGCGUGGCUACACUUUGGACGAGCUCUUCGGCGAAUGUGAGCUACUGACUAUUGCUGGUUCCGACACAACGUCCAUCGUUCUUUCGGGGGCUUUCUUCUACCUCACGCGGCGACCAGAUGUGCAGGCUAAACUCGCCAAGGAAAUUCUCUCGACCUUCUCAAGCUAUGAUGAAAUUACAUCUGGUAACAAAAUGAUGUCGUGCAAAUACCUCACCGCUUUCCUCGAAGAGGCCCUGCGGAUGACGCCUCCCGUCUCCGCUGAGCCAGCCCGUAGAGUUCUUCAAGGCGGCACGACUGUGGACGGCCAUUACAUUCCCGAAGGACUUCACGUUAGCACCGGCUUGUACUGCCUCAGCUUCGACAAAGAUGCCUACCCUGAGCCUUUCACCUUCCGACCUGAGCGUUGGAUUGUAUCCGAGGACAAGACCGUUGGCUCUUCCGAAGAAAGUGUCGCCGUAGCCCGCAAAUCUUUCUGCGCUUUUUCCGCUGGUUCUCGCGGUUGUGUUGGAAAGAAUUUAGCCUGGCUGGAGAUGCGUAUCGUUAUCGCUAAGGCCUUGUGGAUGUUCGAAGUGAGGGCUGACCCAACCAACAAGCUUGGAGGAGGCGACCCGCAGGGCAAGCCAGGAAGACAGCGUGAGAAUGAGUAUCAGACGUAUGAGAUGUUUGUAUCGAACCGGAAGGGUCCGAUUGUUCAGCUGAAGAAGAGGGCUCACUGA